AUUUCCAAUAUUUCAUAGCUGUGUUGCUGUAGCGUGAGACCGGAUGCAGUCGUCGCUGUGUGGGAUGACUGUGUUCCUCUGCAUGUGCGGGUGGAGUGGGCAUGAAGUAGAUAUAGAGCGAGUCUACUGUGAGUUUGUCAGUGUCUGCAUGUUCCGAGCUUUUGUGCUUUAACCAAAAGCUUUAACAAGAAAGACUUAUUUAUUCUUUACGAUUUAAGCUUGUGAACAUCUUCAGGUAUGAAUAUGCUGUGGGUGAAUGUAGAUGGAUGCGACUGAGUUGUUCAGCAGUCAGUUUACUCUUCUGUCUCUGUUUUCCUCUUUUAGAUAUGUCCCCAGUGCUGGCGGGGUUUAUCGGUGCCGGUGUGUUGGUCGUUGCAGUCAUUGCAUUAAUCUUUGUGUGGACUUGCUGUCAGAAACAUUACAACAGGACAAACUACAAGCUCCAUGGAAUCCAAUCGGAACAAAGUGAUCCUCUCACAGACCCACCGUACAGGUUUAUUCACAUGCUGAAAGGAAUGAGCAUCUACCCUGACACGCUUACCAGCAGCAAGAGGAUCAUACGAGUAGCACGCCAGGCCAGAUCCCAGACCACCGACGGGGCUCAAAGCAACAAGGGUCGCCCAGUGGUGCUGGUAGAUAUGGAUUCGGCAGCAGAAAGCGGCCUGCUGGGAGAGAAACAAAUGCAGAUGAGGCUCGAUGAAAGUGGCCAUGAGGUUCCUAAGCUGGAGAGGGAACUUCCUGUGCAUGCAGAUUACUGCUGUCUGGACAGCAGCUCUGCCAGCAGCAGUCAGACCUCCAGUACUACGGUUUCCAGCACAGCUACACCCUUCACCCCCGCAGAAGAGCCCAGCCGAGGAGAUCUCAGCAUCGCAAUCGAUUAUAACUUCCCUAAGAAGGCCUUGGUGGUCACCAUCCUGGAGGCUCGGGGGUUACCGGCCGUAGAAGGCAAUGCGGGCAGUGCCGACCCCUAUGUGAAGAUGACUAUUCUCCCCGAGAAGAAACAUCGCGUUAAGACUCGGGUCCUGAGGAAGACUCUGGAACCUGCGUUUGAUGAGACCUUCACAUUUUAUGGCGUGCCGUACAGCUCCCUGUCAGAUCUCACUCUGCACUUUCUGGUGCUGAGCUUUGACCGGUUCUCACGAGACGAUGUGAUCGGGGAGGCGAUGGUUCCGCUGGCAGGUGUGGAUCCGAGUACAGGCCGGGUCCAUAUUACGCAACAGAUCACAAAGAGAAGUAUGCAGUGUGUGAGCCGUGGAGAGCUGCUGGUCUCUCUUUCCUAUCAGCCUGUUUCUCACAGACUGAGUGUGGUGGUGUUAAAAGCAAAACACCUUCCAAAAUUGGACAUCACUGGCCUAUCUGGAAAUCCGUAUGUGAAGUUGAAUGUGUUCUACGGCCACAAGCGCAUUGCCAAGAAGAAAACGCAUGUGAAGAAAUGCACGCUCAAUCCAGUCUUUAACGAAUCCUUUAUCUAUGACGUGCCGGCCGAGUUGCUGCCAGACAUCUCUAUCGAGUUCCUGGUCAUGGACUUUGACCGCACUACUAAAAACCAGGCCUUGGGACGCCUGGUUCUCGGCGCAAACAGCCCCUGCCCCUCGGGAGCCGCCCACUGGCAGGAGGUCUGCCAAAACCCACGGCGCCAAAUCUCAAAGUGGCACACGCUCAAUGAAUAUUAGAGCUUCACCACAAUCUCUCUCCGCACACACGCUCAAACACAGGCACACAGGAAACAUUUAAUAACGAGAGAGAGAGAGUUCUGGGAAAAGAUGCCUUUUUGUUACCGUCACUACAUGGAAAGUAACUGAUUAUCAGGAGGACACAGAGAACUUUUACGUCACUGCUAAUGCGAUGAUGGGCCUCGGAAAUUAAUCUUUUUAAAGUACACAUUUACUUUCUCACUCAGUUGCCCACAUAUAAACACACAUAUACACCGCCUGAACACAAACAUACAUGA